GCCCAAAGCAAUAUUAGAGGUACUUUACAAGAAUCCACCGUACACUAACUUGAAUGUUCAUAAUGACAACUUUGAAUCACCGCCUGCUUGCCUUGAAAAGCUUGAUCAAAGGAUGAAAAAGCAUACUUUUAACUAUAAGUACUACUCUCUUAAUGCAAAAAUGCAAUAUUUGAGUGCUGCUGGGUGGAACAAGACUUCGAGUUUCAAUUUAUCUCUG